AUGAAGAAUUUAAAAAUGGGUUUUCUUCGACAAAAGAAAGAUGGAAAUUCCAGUUUACAAAUCAUAGUAUCGGGAGCCAGCAUAAUUUCAGGAACUGAUGAAAGACCAGUCUCGUUAGUGCAGCUUAUAUAUAAAUUGAAUUACGGUACGGGAGCAUUAGCAGGAUUCCGAGAAGAUAGGAGAAAUAUGUCGAUACCAAAGAAAUCUUUACUUUGCUAAAGACCGUGAAGAUAUCUGUGGUCCAUGAUCCGUUGGUCAUUUUGACAGGAGGAGAUUAUAGAAAGACAAAGAAAUUGCUUGAAGGAAAUCGUAGACUCAAAGAGGAAGAAGAGAAGGAUAAGCAUUUAUUAGAGAAACAUAUCGUCUGGACAAAAUUAUGGAUAUUUAUAACAGAGAUAGAGAAGACGCUUCUUCUUUUAGCUACUGCUCCUGUUGAUGGUUUGCGAAGCGCUACGGGCAUAGCACUAGUUGAUGGACCAGUGCUAAUGGAAACGAUCACGCAUAACCCAACUAUCAUCGCGAAAAAUAAUUUCUUGUCGGAAACUAACGGCAAUCAAGUUGCGUCGCACCUGUUGCCGGAUCAGUCACCAUUUCAAAAUACUAGCUUGCUCACUCCAAUCGGUUUAAUUAACCGAUCAAUAUUGUGAAUACGAAUCAGCCACCUAUUCAGAUAUAAAUCUGUAUGACGCACAUGGGUCACAAACCUCCGUCUUUAUUGAGGAAAUCAGUAAAACGAAAAAUGAAACAAAGUCUUCAUGUCUAUAAAAUAAUCAAAUUCUUGUGUAAUUUAUACGAUAUGGUCGUUUACAAUUACGACUAUUAAUAAAACACUUAUUUGUAUCGCUUUUGGAACACAAAAUAUGUUGACAAUCUAAUUUUAGAUUUAUAAUUACAAAAAUUUAUAACAAAAUUCUCUCAAUUAGUUUUUUCCAAUACAUGAAAACUUCAUCGAUUCAUGCACACUGAAACACUAGCCGUGUUGUUGAGAAAUGAUGAAACUAAUCUACUCAGACGAAUAAAAAAAUCAAAUUUUUCAGGUUCUAACAAUCAGUCUAGUGUCAAUCAAGUAUUUAAGUAAUGAGCAAACAUCUGCAUACGAAGUGUGAAAAAUUUUGUAAAAUUUAUAUAAUAUAUAAUUAAAAUUUUGAACUAAAAAAACAUAAUUGUAUUAAGUGUUAUUGAGAAAACAUAUUUGAUUAUAUUUUACACUUGUCAAUUUAAUCAAUUUCAUUCAAAUUGUAUUACCACGAGAAAGUGUGGAUAAAUAUUAAGGAAUAAAUAUAUGCAGUGUAUGAUUUACUCGUUUUUAGAAAUAUUCUGAUACAUACAGGAAAUCAGCAAAAUUCUUAUUUGUCUUCAUUUGUAAUUCCAUCCACGCCCUUCCCCCAAAUUAGUUUGAAUCUGUUGCGCGGGGAGAAUUUAAUUCAUUGAUAAUUCAUGUUGAUGAUCGUGGCGUAAAGAUAUAUCGCCAGCAUGUGUGUUUAAUUACGUUCAUUGUUAAUAUUUAUUGUUUAUACUCACACCACCAUCAACUUCGUUUAAUUAACGUUCGUUCUUAUUAAGUAGUUUAUAAAAUAUUCAGUAUAUCAGUAAAUUUAUUUCCCAUAGAUUGUAUUUCUGGUUGUCACAUCUAAGUAAUAGUUUGUACUAUAAUACAUAUUAUAGUUUUUGUUAUAAGCUUUUAGAACAACAUUUGAUUCUGACUAUUCUUUUAUUUAAUUUGUACAUUUUUAUACAUUUAUCUCAAAAUAAAUACAAUUACUGGUUCAUUUUAAAGAACCAUUAUACUAAUAUUUGAUUUAUUUUAACGUAGACAUGUUUUUAUGUGUUUAUUAUCUUGUUUUACAGGAUAAUUAAGAAAAUUUAUAUCAUUAAUAAUUUUUGGGAAAUGUGUUAGAAUAGAUAUACUCGAAUUCGGUUUGUAUGUCACAUUGUUUGAAUAUUGUAAGUGAAAAAGGGCACCAUAUUUUAUUACUCAAGUAUGGCAUGUAACGUAUUUAAGUCUGUAUGUUGUGUAACCGACGUUCAAAGAUUAAAAUUUUUUAAUACAUCAACUAACUACAUAGUUUACAUCCUUAAUAUGGUCAUUUUGUUUUAUCUCUUACCAGUGACGUCCUACAAUCAAUUUUUAUUCUGUUCCUUGUAUUUCUCUUGAAACAUUAUUAAUUUUUAGAAUAAAAUUAUUUAACGUUUCAUAAGUUUUAUUAAAGGUUCUUUACAAUUUCUACAUCCUCUUCUACAUUCUCUCAAUAGGAGCAAGCGAUGUGUCAAAAGGUAAGAAUGUCAGUUACUUAAAUUUGAUGGUAUAUUUAAUUUCAUUCUUUAUAUUAUAUAAAAAAUUUGACGAAGUCAAACUUUUAGUUUUUGAAUUGAUUGUUAUCGUUGAAAUUUUCAUCUAAUUAAUACUAUCAGUAAUCUCCAAUAUGGUUGCCUUCUAUUUUCCUGAUUAAGGUUGUAAAUAUUUAAUUAUAAGUGCAUAAAUUGGUAUUUGCACAGAUCAGAUUGAAUUGCAUCUUCUUACGUUCUGAUUUACCAACAUGGUAAAAAAUCAUUGAUUUAUAGCGCACUCACCGACGAGGCAUAUAACCAAGAAUCUUAUGGGAUUUCGUGGCUCGUGACCUGA